GCUAAGCAUAACUCAUCAGGUGAAAUUAAAGACACCAAUGCCAUCACUUCCAGUUGUAACGCUGAACUGUCCGUCCAAAAAACAGAACACUCACAAUGACCCAAUAGCAUAUCUGGGAUUGGAUCUUUGUCCUUCGUUUUCCUAAACCGCUCUCGAUCUUGUUCCAUUUUAGACCAGAUUCCCACAUUCUUUUGAGGCAGACAUGUUCCUCUUUGAUUGGUUCUAUGGGGUGCUCGCAUCGCUGGGCCUAUGGCAGAAGGAGGCCAAGAUUCUUUUCUUGGGUCUCGACAAUGCUGGCAAGACCACCCUUCUUCACAUGUUGAAAGACGAGAGACUAGUGCAACACCAGCCGACCCAGCACCCCACGUCGGAGGAGCUGAGUAUUGGGAAAAUCAAGUUCAAGGCUUUCGAUUUGGGUGGCCACCAGAUCGCUCGCAGAGUCUGGAAAGAUUACUAUGCUAAGGUGGAUGCAGUGAUUUACCUUGUUGAUGCUUAUGACAAGGAGAGGUUUGCAGAAUCAAAAAAGGAGCUGGAUGGCCUCCUUUCAGAUGAA